CGCCCGCGCCCCGCCCCGGCCCCGCUGGCCGCAUGGAGCCCCCGGAGGGCGCCAGCCCGCGAGAGCUUCUUAAGGAGGUUGCAAUGCCCCAAGCUGCCCUGGGUGUCCCAGCCCACAGCACAGGGGGUGGCUGCCACACGCCUGUGGCUGAGGAGGAGGUGGGCGUCCCCAUACCAGCACCGGGGCUCCUGCAGGUCACGGAGCGAAGGCAGCCCCUAAGCAGUGUCUCCUCUCUGGAGGUGCACUUUGACCUCCUGGACCUCACGGAGCUGACGGACAUGUCCGACCAGGAGCUGGCGGAGGUCUUCGCCGACUCGGACGACGAGAACCUUGCCAACGACUCCCCGGCAGGCCUGCACCCAUUGCCCCGGGCCGGCUGCCUCCGCUCUCCAUCCUGGACCCGCGCGAAGGCUGAACAGAACCGUGAGAAGCCACCCCUCGGCGACACAGAGCGGCCAGCUGCCACCACCACUGGCACUUUCCUCACCGUGGACAGGCCCAAGAAGGACUAGGCCACCCUGCCUGCCCUGAGGUUUGAUGGCCCUGAGGAAACCCCAGCCAGGCAGAAGACGCGGACUCUGGCUCCUGUGCCCUCCCCCUCAGCCCAGCUGGUCCCCUGGUCUCCAAAGCACAAGCCCAGCCCAGUGGCCUUACUCAGUUCCGACCUGGGCCUUGGUUCUGCCAGCGUGCACCCAUGGCUCAGUCCUCAGCCCCCAACUCUGGAGAAACCUCCAUUCAGUGGCACAGAAUGACCAGGGAGGAGAAUGGACAGUGGGGCUGGGGCAAAGUGGCUGUCAACUGGCCAGCCUUCUGGAAAGUUCUGUGUGCAGGACAGAACUCUCAUCUGUUUCCCGAGUGGGCAGCGGUGAGGGCCUGAGUGGGGAGAGCCUCUCAGAGACUCCCGAGGGGGUCCCAGGUCUCUGACUUACUAAGACACAUUGUGUCCAACCACAUGCUGGGCCAUCCUGCUGUCUAGGAAGCUUCCCAGGAAGGUCACCAAGUCCCUGUCUGCCCCCUCCCCUCCCUGGACCACCUCUACGACCUGCCCAGAAGGCUAAGAGCCAGGCUGUCUCCAGAGCCAGGCUGUCUCCACAUAGCUCAGAACACCAAAUAAUGCCACAACUGCCUCGGAGCCGUGGCCCCCACUCUGACGGCUGGGUGGGGAGAAGGGGCUGGCAGGUCACCUCCCACAUCCGGCCCGUGAUGGGGGGACACAUGCUUUGCUGGCUGCACACCGCCCACCUGUCACACGCACACACGUGCAUGCACACAGUAGGUCUGUCCUUAGCCAGCAUCCUGGCCUCGGGAGGGCCAACAGGGCCCCACCCUGAUCGAGGGCCCAGCUGCAUUGUGUUAUGUGCUAAGGGUCACAGACCAGACUCCUGGUUAAAGGACAGGUAAAAUAAGUGUGGGCUUGCUUUCUGUCCCCACCAAUCUGCCCUACCCGCCCCCAUCUAAAUGGCUUCAAACGAGGGCGGUGGCUCUCCAGGAGAUGCCCUGAUGCUGCCUGCCCACUAUGCCCUGGGGAGUCCAGAUCAGUCAUCCGCAGUCCGCAGCUACAGCAGCUUCACACCCUCCAGAAGGCACAACCACCUCGUUCCUUCCCUGCAGCCGCGAUCGGCUUUUUCUUUCCUUAGAGGUGACGGUGGGUGCAGCUGUCAGAAAGGCCAAGGAGGUUGCCCUCCCGGCCCCUGGCAGGGCUUGGUGAUGUGACCACCCCACCCAUGGUCACCCCCUCCCCACUUCCAUCAUCCCUGCCGCAGCUUCUGCCAUCACUCACUCACGCGGGAUUAAAGCAUCAACCUGUCCGUGGCGCCCGUUUCCUCCUGACACCACAGGGUACGUGGCGGGGGAGGAGGGAAGGCGUUCUGACCAGCAGGGGAGUGGGCCAUCGGCUCAGCGCCUCGCCUCCUCAGGCCCUUCUCUGACUGCAGGAGCCCUGGGGAACACCGCACUCAGGCUAACCUGAUCCAGGUCACAUUUUGGGGACAAGCGUCCUGGAUUUCAAGUCCCUAGGUGCAGCGAUGACACAAGUCCUGCCCCACACAAGCCUGGCCAGUCAUUUCCUGGUGCAAGCCCCUGCCCAACACAGGCCAAGUCACCAGGAGCCAAGAGGAGAGGCCUAGACCUACCCCAAGAGAAAAGUCCUGAGCACGUGGUGCCGAGCCAGUUCUGGAAGGGCCAGAGCUUUACCACUCAGCUGCAUUACAGCCACCUCACCUCACAGAUAGGUAGGAAGGCGCUGACCUGGAACCACAGAGCACAGGGUAAAGGCCAGCUGCCCUGGUCCCAUUUCUGAAGGGGCCUCAUCCGUCUGGCCCUGAGGGUCACGUGGCACCUGGGCAGAUGGACCCACAGCCACGCUGCCAUUCGGAAGGCAGUUCCCAGCUUCACCGUGACUCUGGGAAGGGGAGACAGGCACAAGUGAAUGCAGAGCCAGCACGGCUGCUUAGCUCCAGAGAGCAACCUGUGAUACACACACGUGCACAGAAUAGGACGAUGAUGCCACAGCUGACACAGGGCCAAGGAGGGGCCAGAGUGGUGCGCAACCCCAGGCCACACAGCCCCCAAGAGCUGAUGUUGGCUGACCUCCUUUCUUGUCCGGCACUGUGCUGCCCCCUCUGGCAGAGACGCGUGGCCUCAUGCAAGGACAUGUGACAGGGAGGCUGAGGGGAGAGGCAAGUGUCACUCUCUUGGCAGCACCCUAGUAUAGGCUGGCAGUGUGGCCAGGGGGCACUCCAUGUAGGCUAAACCAAGGUGCUCUUGGGGAUGAGAACUGUGGGGUCUGUACCCAGAAGAGCUGUUCCCAUGCCUGAACCCCAAGGGCAUGACCUCCUCCCUCCGCCCACCCCCUCGCUGGGGAGACUCCCAAGCAUGUGAGGUAGCCUUGUUCUGUGACACUGGGCUGGAAUCCCUUGCUGCCCCCUUCCUAUGGGCCAGCAAGCUAAGCAGACAUGUGUUGAGUGAAGUGCGUCACCAAUCUCCAUGGGAGCAAGUGGCCCCUUGCUUGGGUACCUGCUCCCAGAAACAUACCCAGGUUCCAGACCUGCCUAAAAGGGGCCCAGCGUGCACACAGGGUAGGAGAUCCUCUCGCUCCAUCAAAGGGAACCCUGGGGACAGACCGCCAGCCAAUAACAUACAUUUUAUAAACUGUGGAUGUUGAAAUUGUCCCAAGUUGGAAACUAUAAUUUUGAGGCUCUGAGGCAAAUGUGACAAUUUGGCAAAAUAAGGAAACAUUCCCAGUGUCUGAUCUUGGGACCCUCAGAGGAGCCUGAGAGCAAGGACAGGGCCAGCAGAUGGAGAAUGUGAGAGUGUGUGAGAGGGUGAGCAGCACAGGUGAGCUGGGUGAGUGGUGGGUGUGAGUAGAGUAGCCCCCCUGCACCCCCAUAACUCAGCCCCUGGCCUGAGGAUGCCCCAUAGCACAGCCAGGGCCCAUGGCUGUCUGCGCAACCGGGCACCACCCAUCAAAGGCAGUUGUGAAGCACUAACCUCUCCCAGCGUGCAGGGGCACCUCAUCUAACAGGAGUACCUGCAGGCAGUCUCCCCAUCACCUGCAGACAGCAGCUCCCAGCACACUCCAACUGCAAGGCCUAUGCCUCGGCACUACAGAAAGACUAGGGCACAUUAGCCCAACAGACCAUUCAGGAGGCCAGUGAUGGGGAGCUGGACACAUGGGACAGGGCUGCCUGACCCUUACUGAGCAGAUGGACCCUGCCCCUCACAGUUGUGCAUUCUCUGGGGCGGUGGCCAGAGGCCGAGGGCUCUGGCUCAGCCCGGGCCCCUAUUCUAACAGAAAGGAAUUACAAGGAACAAGUGCAUACUGACACUUCCUGCUCAAGAAGGCGCCCCUCCCUGAGAAGGGCCAGGUUCUCCUGAGGCACUCACACCACCCUCACACUCAGGAUGGUGCCACCAUAGGCCCAGGUGGGCAUGUGGAGGGGAGCAGGCCCCAAGUGGCUGGACUGACUGCCGUCCUUCCCACGGCACGCUGUCUAUGUGUCUGCUUCUCUGAGCAAAUGGCUACUUCAAAUCUGCUACUUUCCCUCAUGGCUGGUUUCUCUUCCCUUUUUCAAUUACACCACCUCGCUAAACCCUGAAUGUUUCUACUGGCCUAAAGACUGCUCUCCGCAGGGCAAUUCUAUCACGUCCCUACACACUCUUCUCCGUGAAGUAUUCCUGAGCAGGAAGUCCUAUCCCACCUAAAGUCGUUCAUGUGGAUGGCUAGGGCCCCAUGACGCGUCCUCCCACAGGCCAGGACACUCGACUCCCACCAAGCCCUCCCCCAGCCACACCCCUCUUGGGACAGAUCAGGAACUCAAAGUCCCCUCAUUCUGGGCUCUGGUCCCCGUCGAGGGUACCUUUCAGGAAUGGGGAUCCUCGUAGGUUGAGUACCUCAUCGGACACACUAUAUGCAGUUACCAUGGGUUUAAUUUGUUU